AUGUCUGAAAAGGAGCUAGAGUACCAGUACGCCAAUGAGUGUGAUUUGGAAAUCCACUGUUCGCCGUUUGGUCUUUCGGGUGUUUAUAUGAAAGUGAAGGGCACCAACAUCAUGGGCAUUGGAUCAACCAUGGGGCUCAUCACGGGAACAUCUAAAGGUUUGAUUCACUACAACGACAGUGCUGACUUGCAAGACCAGAGAUAUAAGUUAUUUGUGGUUGUCAACGAUGAUAACACGCUACGAAUCGACUUCACCAAGAUUAUUGGUCUUUCGGGCGAUGAAGGAGAUAAGAUAAGCCAGGUUGAACUAGGCAAGGAAGAGUCCGAACCACUGCUAAUAUUUACUGGCCAGUGUCCCGAGGGAAGACCAGAUAAGAUCGAUCCUUUCAUUGGGAUUUUCUCGUUCGAGAGAGAAGACAAGGCAUAA